AUGUUUUCGGCCGCGCGCUCAGACACGCUUUUCCUCGGCGGCGAGAAGGUCUCCGGCGACGACAUCCGCAACCAAAACGUGAUGGCCGCGCUCGCCGUGGCCAACGUGGUCAAAUCCUCGCUCGGCCCCGUGGGGCUCGACAAAAUGCUCGUGGACGACAUUGGCGACGUGACCGUCACCAACGACGGCGCCACGAUCUUGUCCUUGUUGGACGUGCAGCACCCGGCGGGCAAGAUCUUGGUGGAGUUGGCGCAGCAGCAGGACCGGGAGGUUGGCGACGGCACGACCUCGGUGGUGAUCAUAGCCAGCGAGUUGUUGCGGCGGGCCCACGAGUUGGUGCGUACCCGCAUCCACCCGACCACGGUGAUCACGGGCUACCGCUUGGCGUUGAAGGAGGCCGUGCGCUACAUCAACGAGGUGCUCCUGCAGGACGUGGCGGGCUUGGGCCAGCAGACGUUGGUCAGCAUUGCCCGCACGUCCAUGCUGCUGAAGAUCCUCGGCGCGGACUCCGCGUUCUUUGCGCAGAUGGUGGUGGACGCCAUGCUCGCGGUCAAGACCACCAACCCGAAGGGCGAGACCAAGUACCCGGUCAAGGCCGUGAACAUCUUGAAGGCCCACGGCAAGUCGUCGCUCGAGUCCGUGUUGGUGCACGGCUACGCGCUCAACUGCACCGUGGCGUCGCAGGCCAUGGUCAAGCGCGUGGCCAACGCGCGCAUCGCGUGCUUGGACAUCAACUUGCAGAAGGCCCGCAUGGCCAUGGGCGUGCAGAUCAACAUCGACGACCCGGACCAGCUCGAGGAGAUCCGCAAGCGCGAGUACGGCAUAGUGAUCGAGCGCAUCCGCAAGAUCAUCAACGCGGGCGCCAACGUGGUCUUGACCACCAAGGGCAUCGACGACUUGUGCUUGAAGGAGUUCGUGGAGGUGGGCGCCAUGGCCGUGCGCCGCUGCAAGAAGGACGACUUGCGCCGCAUCGCGCGCGCCACGGGCGCCACCUUGGUCGGCAACUUGGCCAACUUGGAGGGCGACGAGACCUUCGAGGCCUCCUACUUGGGCCACGCCGACGAGGUGGUGCAGACCAAGAUCAGCGACGACGAGUGCAUCCUCGUCAAGGGCACGCGCCAGCACUCGCUGUCCUCCAUCAUCUUGCGCGGCGCCAACGAGUACUCCUUGGACGAGAUGCAGCGCUCCAUCCACGACUCCUUGAGCGUGGUCAAGCGCACCUUGGAGAGCGGCCACGUGGUGCCCGGCGGCGGCGCGGUCGAGACUGCGCUGAACAUCUACCUCGAGAAGUUCGCCACCACCGUGGGCUCGCGCGAGCAGAUGGCCAUUGCCGAGUUCGCCAACGCGUUGCUCGUCAUCCCCAAGACCUUGGCCGUCAACGCCGCCAAGGACUCGUCCGAGUUGAUCGCCAAGUUGCGCACCUAUCACGCGGCCUCCCAGGUCGCGUUGAAGGACGACGUCAAGAGACAGAAGUACAAGAACUACGGCUUGGACUUGCUCAACGGCAAGAUCGUCAACGAGGUCUCCACGGGCGUGUUGGAGCCCACCUUGUCCAAGGUCAAGUCGUUGAAGUCCGCAUUGGAGGCCUGCAUCUCCAUCUUGAGAAUCGACACCAUGAUCACCGUGGCGCCGGAGCCCGAGAAGGAGGAUCCGCACCAACACUAA